UAAUUUUGUGGCCAACAGAAUUCAUCUCAACACCAAUACCUCUGAACUGAUAGCUGACAAAGGAGGUUCUACCGAUGUCCAGAUUGUUAUCAAAUUCCCACCAGUUUUGCAUAGUAAAAACACAAAGCUACUCCAUUGGUUUUGUGCUCUACCAAAACGACCGGUUCUUCAGGUCCAAGGCUUUCAGAGCUUCUUCAGGGACCAGCAGAAGGGUCAUCUCUGCUAACCUGGGACAAGUGUCUGGGUUACAUGUUGAGAUGCUCUUCAAGCCCACAGCUGUUCCCAACACCUCCCUCCAUGACUUUGCCUGCGUGUCAUGGAACUACACGUUGAAAGACUGGAGCACCUUUGGCUGCUCCAAAGUCAACCACUCAGCAGACGGCCUGCAAUGUUUCUGUAAUCACACCACUUACUUCGCUGUGCUGAUGUCGUUCAGGAGGAACUUUAAAUACGCUGAUGAGCUAGACUUGAUCACCAUAUUGGGAUGUUCCAUGUCCAUCAUUGGGUUGAGUUUAACAAUAACAUUCCAGAUGGUGACCAGAAAAUCACGCAAAACCAACCCAACGGUCCUCUUAGUGAGCGUCUGUAUGUGUCUCCUGAUCUUCACCCUCCUCUUCAUGUUGGGAGUGGACAACCCUCAUAAACAGCUGGGCAAACCUGAAAUACAGGAGGACAACAUUCUCCCCCCAUCCGACACACACACAGAGCGGGACAGAGGGCCUUGUACUGCAGUGGCAGUCCUGCUGCAGUACUUCCUGUUGGGGACGUUCACCUGGAACACGCUGUAUGCCACACAUGUCUUCCUGAUGAUCAGAAACAGCCUGGCCACCAGCCCAUCACACUUCACAGCCUAUACCGUGGCCAUCGGAUGGGGACUGCCUGCAGUUGUGGUGUCUCUCACCUUAGGAAUUAGUUACAGAGUGGAUGAUCCACUGGGAUACAGGCAGGAGGAAUUUUGCUGGCUUGCUGCCCUCGAUCCAAAGGGGAACUUUGACUUUAAGCUGCCAAUGUUUUGGGGUUUCCUGGUCCCUGUGGCAUUCAUGCUUAUCUUCAACACGGUGGUGUUGCUUUGUUUUGCAGUUACAACAGCCAAGACCAACCCACAUUUAACCAGUACAAGACACACAUCAUUGAAGAAGAAGUUCCUCAGUAGCUUCUCUCUGGCUGUGGUGCUCGGUCUCUCCUGGAUCCUGGGCUAUCUGUUGCUCAUUACACAGAACCAGACCAUGUACACCAUACUCAACAUCUCCUUCUGUGUUCUCACCACCACUCAGGGCUUGCAAAUUUUCAUUCUGUUCACAGCAAGAACAUCAAUUGUCAAGAAAAAGAUGUCAAGUACUUUGAAAUCUAUCUCUAGUGUUGGGAUCCCUCUUCACACUAGGAAGUUCAGUCUAUGGCGAGGCGAGCACAGUGAUAACGUAGAAUCAUACACACAACAGGACACUGAUCUGUCAUUUUCACCUUGUUCCACAGAUAUCUAACUGAUGGGCUGCAAGUUCAACCUGUUGUAAAAUGUUUUCUGUACCACACUAUUGUCAUAUAAUAUACAGUAUAAUACACACCAUUUUCUAUCAAUGUAUUGUUACUGUGAAUUGUCAGGAUUUGGCCAGGGUUGUUCCAGUUGUUGGUCACUAGAUGCCCCCAUUGUGCUUUUUGUCCUUAUGUUUUUCCCUUGUUCCCCAUUAUUAUUUGCACCUGUGUCUCGUUUCCCCUGAGUGUAUUUAAACCCUUAGUUUCCCUCUGUUCUGUGCUCUGUGUUUGUAUGUUAGCACCCUGCCCUAGUGUUCUGUGUGCUCUUGUCGAUUCCGGGUGACGUUCUUGUGGUAUUCUGUUUUUUGUUUUUGUUUAUUUUUGGUGAGUUUCUUUUGAGUUCUUUUGUGUUUUACCUACCACCUUUUGGAUUUGCCAUUUUUGUAUUUUAGGAUUUUUUCUUUAUUAAAUACACCGUCUUAAGUAGUGCUGUGUCUGCCUCAUCUUCUGGGUUCUGCUGUCUAUUCGUGGCUCAGUUGGUUAAGUGACUGUUUCUCACUCCGGAGACCCAGGUUCGAAACCGGGUCCUGACAUGAAUUCCCUCAGAAGUUGUUGUCCAAUGAUUUUUUGGCUAUGCACAUUUUUGUAAAUACUGUAGGUUACAUAUUUUUUUUAAUGUAACUGUUUUGAAUAAAACUGAUUAUUCUCUUUGAAA